AUGCCAGAUGGCCAAAUUGGCUUCCGUUCCUCCCUGCGUACUCGAAGGAGUACGCGUCACAAUCGCCAUAAAGACGAUGAUGGUAUGGUUGACGGUGAAGGUGAUCAUCGCCUUCAGGACCUUAGAGAGGAUGCCGAGCCAACCAUGGACAUUCAAAUUCCUGCCAUCGGUCGUCUUCAAGUUCCUAUCGAGCCAACUAGUGGAGGUGCGGAAUCUCGAAAGCAUGAAACAGAUCUACGCACACGACGGUUCUCCUCAGUGGGUACAAGGAAGAUGAGCAACUUUGCACGGAAACGUUCUAGAAGUCAAUCCUUAACUCCACCUCUUGAAGCUGUAAGCAGACAUGAGACUGAAUCGGCUAAAGAACCGCCCAAACCGAGGAAAUCAAAAUUCUCAACUGCUGAUAUUAGCACAGGUCUUCAGAACAUGUUUGCUCGAAUGGGUUCUCAGCGCAAACGAUCUCCUAUUCCGAAGAUCGUUGAAUCGGAUUCAGAUGAAUCCGACGAGAUUGAAUAUAUGAAUUUGGGUUAUUUUGGUAAGAGAAAGCAGAGCAAAGCGCCAUUUGGGAAGAAAAGCCUCGGACAAGAAUUCAUGCCUCCUCCGGAACUAAGAGAGGACUCGCUGGUGCCUGGAGAAGACUCGGAGUUGGCGCGACUUUCUAGGAAGUUCCUGUUUGUUGGAAAAGAUUAUGAAAAUUGGAUAUUUAGGGACGUUGAUGAACUCAAAAGACCUGCAGAAGAUCGAAUUAAUAGAAAUGAAGUUCCUCGAAUGCCUUGGCACGAUGUUGGUUGCGUUGUCACCGGAUCAAUAGUCUCCGAUUUCUCUCGUCACUUUAUCCAACGAUGGAAUGCCACACGUGUAGGUUCACAACCCUCUCCUAUUUGA